AUGGAGGCCUUAAUCAGCUGCAAAAGGAACCUCACUUCUCUCCCACUUGAAUCCCACUUCAAACCAGCUCUAACUUCACAUCAUUUUCAUCUUAAUUCUCUUCCUUCGAACCCUCUCAACAAUGUUGAAAAUCCAAAAAUCCAACUCUAUAAAAACAAAGCAUUUUCAGUCCAAUCAACUCAGACACUUUCACCUCAAAAAGGCCCCACCAGGAAGGAUAGAAAACCACAGAAACAACGAAAAUUCACCGAGAAAGAUGCAUUUCCUGAAUCUUUACCAAUCCAGAACAAGAACCCACAUGCAGUUUACAGAGAUAUUCAGAAUUUCGCCAACCAAAACAAGCUUAAAGAAGCUCUCACCAUACUGGAUUACAUGGACCACCACGGGGUCCCGGUUAAUCCGACGACGUUUUCUUGUCUUAUUGCUGCUUGUGUUCGGCUUAAAGCUCUUAAAGAAGGGAAAUUGGUGCAUACUCAUAUAAGGAUUAAUGGGCUUGAGAGAAAUGAGUUCUUACAGACAAAGCUUGUUCAUAUGUAUUCGGCUUGUGGAUCAAUUGAGGAUGCCAAUAAGGUGUUUGAUGAAAUGCCCGUGCGAAGUGUGUACCCAUGGAAUGCAUUGCUUAGGGGGAAUGUGGUGAUGGGUGGACGUAAUUAUCGGGAAGUUUUGGGGACCUUUUUAGAAAUGAGGGAGGCAGGGGUGGAGUUGAAUGUGUAUAGUUUCUCUUGUUUGAUCAAGAGUUUCGCAGGGGCAUGUGCACUUUUUCAGGGUUUGAAGACUCAUGGAUUGUUGAUAAAGAAUGGUUUGAUGAGUAGUAACAUAUUGAGGACUAGUUUGAUUGACAUGUACUUAAAGUGCGGGAAAGUUAAGCUUGCAUUACGUGUUUUUGAGGAGGUAGAAGAGAGGGAUGUGGUUGUUUGGGGGGCAAUUAUCGCAGGAUUUGCUCAUAACAGGCUGCAGAGGGAAGCAUUGGAGUAUGUAAGGUGGAUGAGUAUGGAAGGGGUGGAAGUAAAUUCAGUAAUUAUAACUACUAUACUUCCAGUCAUAGGAGAAGUAGGGGCACGCAAACUUGGGCAGGAAGUUCAUGCUUACAUUAUUAAGACAAAGGAGUAUUCUAAGCAGUUGUUUAUUCAGUCCGGUUUGGUUGAUAUGUACUGCAAAUGCGGUGAUAUGGCCUCGGGAAGGAAAGUGUUCUACAGUUCAAAGGAGAGGAAUGCUGUUUCUUGGACUGCUUUGAUAUCUGGCUAUGUAUCAAAUGGGAGGCUUGAGCAGGCUUUGAGAGCAAUCACGUGGAUGCAAGAAGAAGGAUUUAUGCCUGAUUUUGUCACAGUUGCCACAGUUCUUCCUGUUUGCGGGGAAUUGAGGGCAUUGAAACAAGGAAAGGAAAUUCACAGUUAUAGCAUUAAGAAUGGCUUUUCGCCUAACGUGUCUGUUGCUACAUCACUAAUGAUGAUGUACUCGAAGAGUGGCCUCUUGGAAUAUUCUUCUAGAAUAUUUAACAGUCUAGAGAAUAAGAACGUAAUAUCAUGGACUGCAAUGAUUGAUUCGUGUAUUCAAUGUGGAUGUAUACCCGAAGCGUUUGGAGUUUUCCGGUCAAUGCAGUUAUCAAAGCACAGGCCAGAUUCAGUUGCAACCGCAAGGAUGCUGAGUGCUUGUAGUGAACUGGGAGUUUUGAAACUGGGAAGAGAGAUCCAUGGACAGGUAUUAAAGAGAAAUUUUCAGUCCAUUCCUUUUGUCUCUGCAGGGUUAGUGAAAAUGUAUGGAUUUUGUCAAGCAGUUGAUAAGGCAAAACUGGCUUUUCACUCAAUACCGGUCAAAGGAUCGAUCACAUGGACAGCCUUUAUUGAUGCUUAUAAAUGUAAUGGCCAGUAUCGGGAAGCAAUAAAUGUUUUUAAGCAGAUGAUUUCAGAUGGUUUUUCUCCAAAUUACUACACUUUACAAGUUGUCCUAUAUAUAUGUAAAAAGGCUGGAUUUGUUGAUGAAGCUUGCCAAUACUUUACCUUAAUGACUAGGAAAUAUAAAAUUAAGCCAUCUGAAGACAAUUACUCUAGCAUUGUAGGACUUCUAAGGCACUCAGGUCGUGACAAAGAGGCUGAGAAGUAUGUAAGACUGCAAGCUUCCUUGACUGGGUAAACUCUAAAACAGUCACCUAAGUCAUGGUUAUUAUGUAUGCUGGAUGUCUCAGAUGCAUGGACUGGGUGAUUCUUUCACUUAUAUCAAAUGAAAGCUGCACUGCAAGCUAUAACUUCAGGUUCUGGGAUUAGAUUUCAAUUAGAGUGGAGGAUACGACACCUCAGAGACAUGGCUGACCAGUUGACCAAUGAUCAUCCUACUCACUAACUAAGAUUGAGGCAGGUAUUAAACAUGGUCCAAGACGUGAGUUGUACAUGUGCGCAAGGAUUCAACAAAGCAGUCAUCAUUAUGUAAAUCAUAGAAAACAAUAUCCUGUACAUACAUUGGCACAUUGAAAGAUAUUUUGGCCCUUUGAAGUCGUAACAACCUAUACUGUAUGACAUUCUUGCUCUGCACUUCCCAAUGCAAAUUAUGUACUGAUGUAUAAUCUGAGUAUGAUUUUAUUGAACUUCUUGUAUGGACCUUU